AUGGCUCCGGUAAUAGGAUUAUCACACAUCACAAACCCACUUGCAACGCCCGACCAAUUACAAACAACAGCCUCUCAGCUGGACAGAAUUCCUGCUGAACUGGAGAUCUCGAUAAAGUUCGAAAGUUCUAGGCUGAUACAGGCUGCUGGAAUUCUGUUGCAUCUUCCUCAAGAGCUCAUUGCAGAAGCCAUUAUCAUCUUUUCCAGAUUCUGGCUGGGUCCGGAAGGCGGAAGCUUAGCUGAAUUUGCUGCCAAGGAUGUCAUUGCCGCCUCAUUGUAUCUGGUGACCAAGCCCUCGGCGCAUCCAGUAAGCCCUAGACGGCUCCUGAGCGUUCUAGCAUACCUGAACACAGUUCGACCAUCACUCGAUCUCGAGUCAGCCAGUCAGAUCACCCCUGAGGACUGCUUCCUCUCAGAAGGCAUCUACCAAGAUGGGCGACUGGCUUUGAUCCACACCGAAGCCCAGAUGCUUCGUAUUCUUGGCUAUCAGACCCAUGUGUCCCUCCCGUACGCGAUCUGCAUCAAUUACCUGCAAGCGCUCGAUGUGUUCACGACAUCUGAGAACGGUCAAGCUCUGGCAAAGAAGGCGUUUGCACAUCUCAACUCGGCUUUGUUCAGUCCACAGAUACUCUACUUGACACAUCAGCCUCCAGCCCUCGCUACCGCAGCUAUUUAUCUUGCCGCCAAGGAGACAGGAGUGAAGUUGCCUGGUGAGGAAUGGUGGGAGGUCUUCGAUGUUGAUAGAGAGGAACUUGGCUUCCUAGUAGUCGCGUUGAUCUCAAUGGAGGGAUUCAUCGCUGAAGAAGUAGAGAAGUGGGCCAAGAACAAGGUUCCAUUGACCCUCGAAGACACUCAAGCUUGGAUAGAUAGAGAGUCACGGGUUUGA